ACAAUCUCAAGAUGGAGGCUAGCAAUCGAGGAAGAGGUAAAAAUAAAAGGUAUUGGACGUAUGAAGAAGAUGCGGUUCUAAUAAGAUAUUUGCAUGAGUUGAGUUGCGAUCCGAAGUGGAAGUGUGAGAAUGGGUUUAAGAAUGGUUACAUGAAUAAGUUGGAAGAGAUGAUCAAUGGUGUACUUCCUAAUUGUGGCUUGAGAGCGGUUCCCCACAUUGAGUCGAGGAUCAAGCAUUGGUCGGAGAAAUAUAGUGCAUUUGCAGAAAUGUUAUCCACCUCAGGAUUUGGAUGGGAUGCUGAAAAGAAAUUGUUGCAAGUAGACAAGGUCGUGUACGAUGAAUGGGUGAAGACUCAUAAGAAAGCUAAAGGGUUGUUUGGAGUUCCAUUCAUUCACUAUGAAACUCUUGCGGAGAUAUACGCAAAAGACAAAGCUACCGGAGAUGCAAGUGAGUCGUUUGUUGAUGCUAUAGAAGAAAUGGAUCAAGAGAUUGAUAAGCAACCAUUCAAUGUCCAGAGUGAUGAAGAAGAUGAUGUGAGUUCUACUCAUUCGGACACUUAUUCUUCUAUAAGUCAAUCCGGAAAACGCCCCAUGAAGAUAGAGGAUGAUCAUAUAACUCCUUCAAAAAUGGAAAAAGUGAAGGCUUCUACAAUUCAUUCUUCCGCAAGUGAUUCUACUACUCAAUCCGGAAAAACCCUCUAUAAAGGCAAAUGA